AUGGCCGCCGUCGGGGCGUCGGGCGGCUCGACGGCGACGGCGGGCAACGGGGGCGGAGCGCAGGCUUCAUCCUCCUCCUCCGCCGCGACCACCACGACGGCUCCGGCGUCUUCCUCCGCUCCGGCGUCGUCCUCCGCAGCCGGGGGAGCAGCAGCGGCAGCAGCUUCAGCCGCUUCGUCCGUAGCAGGACCCCAGCCCGCGGUGGGAGGGAGCGCCGGGCCCGGCUCGGGGGCGGCGCAACAGGCGGUGGUGCCCGGCGGGGCUGAGGCCACGGCAGGAGGGGGCGGCGGCGGCGGCGGCGGCGGCUCCGCUGGUUCCUCGUCGUCGGCGUCCUCCGCGUCCGGGGCCGGCGGCGCUCCGGUGUCGUCGGGGGCGUCCGAGUCGUGGUACGUGGCGCUGCUGGGCUUGGCCGAGCACUUCCGCACCUCUAGCCCGCCCAAGGUGCGGCUCUGCGUCCACUGCCUCCAGGCCGUGCUGCCCCGCAAGCCCCCCGCUCGGGUCGAAGCCCGCACCCACCUCCAGCUCGGCUCCGUCCUCUACCACCACACGCGCAACGGAGAGCAGGCCCGCGGGCACCUGGAGAAAGCGUGGCUGAUAUCACAACAAAUUCCGCAGUUUGAGGAUGUCAAAUUUGAAGCUGCCAGCCUCCUGUCUGAGUUGUACUGUCAAGAGAAUUCUGUUGACACAGCAAAGCCCCUGCUGCGUAAAGCCAUCCAGAUUUCACAACAGACUCCUUACUGGCACUGUCGCCUUCUUUUUCAGCUUGCGCAACUUCACACGCUUGAGAAAGAUUUGGUAUCCGCCUGCGACCUUUUGGGAGUUGGAGCAGAAUACGCCCGCGUGGUAGGAUCAGAAUAUACAAGAGCACUGUUUCUACUAAGCAAAGGCAUGCUGCUCCUCAUGGAGAGGAAACUGCAGGAGGUGCAUCCACUGCUUACGCUGUGCGGGCAGAUCGUUGAGAACUGGCAAGGGAAUCCCAUCCAGAAAGAGUCAUUGCGGGUCUUCUUCUUGGUCCUCCAGGUGACGCAUUACCUGGAUGCUGGUCAGGUGAAGAGUGUCAAGCCAUGUCUAAAGCAGCUGCAGCAGUGCAUCCAGACCAUCUCAACUCUUCACGAUGAUGAGAUCCUGCCCAGCAACCCUGCAGACCUCUUCCAUUGGCUGCCCAAGGAGCACAUGUGUGUGCUGGUUUACCUGGUGACUGUGAUGCAUUCGAUGCAGGCUGGAUAUUUGGAGAAGGCCCAGAAGUACACCGACAAAGCCCUGAUGCAGCUAGAAAAACUCAAAAUGCUCGACUGCAGCCCCAUCUUAUCAUCUUUCCAAGUCAUCUUGUUGGAACAUAUCAUCAUGUGCCGGCUGGUCACAGGGCACAAAGCUACAGCCCUGCAAGAGAUUUCACAGGUAUGCCAGCUCUGUCAGCAAUCUCCCAGGCUGUUUUCUAAUCAUGCUGCUCAGUUACAUGCUCUUCUGGGGCUGUACUGCAUUUCUGUGAACUGCAUGGACAACGCAGAAGCGCAGUUUACCACAGCACUUCGGCUCACCACCCAUCAGGAAUUGUGGGCUUUUAUCGUGACGAACUUGGCAAGUGUCUAUAUCAGAGAAGGAAACCGGCAUCAAGAGCUUUAUAGCUUGUUGGAAAGAAUAAACCCAGACCACAAUUUUCCGGUGAGCUCUCACUGUCUUCGAGCUGCCGCUUUCUACAUCCGAGGGCUGUUCUCCUUCUUUCAAGGAAGGUACAACGAAGCCAAACGUUUUUUACGAGAGACACUAAAAAUGUCAAAUGCAGAAGAUCUAAACCGAUUAACAGCAUGCUCUCUUGUUCUUCUGGGUCACAUCUUCUACGUGUUAGGGAACCACAGGGAGAGUAACAACAUGGUAGUCCCAGCCAUGCAGCUGGCCAGCAAGAUCCCUGACAUGUCUGUGCAGCUAUGGUCAUCGGCCCUCCUGAGAGACUUAAACAAAGCAUGUGGGAACGCCAUCGACGCCCAUGAAGCAGCGCAAAUGCAUCAGAACUUUUCCCAGCAGCUGCUCCAGGACCACAUCGAGGCCUGUAGCCUCCCAGAGCACAACCUUAUCACUUGGACAGAUGGGCCCCCACCAGUACAGUUCCAGGCACAAAAUGGACCUACCACCAGCCUGGCCAGUCUAUUGUGAACCUACUAUCUUCACUUGGGAAGAAGAUGGAAAUCAUUUUG